AUGGCUAAACGUAUUGCAAUUAUAGGAGCAGGGGCUUCGGGUUUAGCAGCUAUAAAACAAUGUCUAGAUAAUGAUUUAAUUCCAAUUUGUUUUGAACAAAAUUCUUUUAUCGGUGGGAUAUGGAGAUAUGAAGAUGUUAGUGAAAAAAAUAAAGAACCUUAUUCUUCAAUUUAUAAAAGUAUUUUAACCAAUACAUCAAAAGAAAUGACGACAUUUUCGGAUUUUCCAAUUCCUGCAGACUGGCCAACUUAUUUGAAUCAUUCUCACGUUGAAUAA